UCAGAUGACGUACAAUGUGUGCGACUUCGGCUAUCAACAUGCGGGAUGGAUGUGUUGACUGUAGCCAACGUGUGAAGUGAGAAAUAAGUAAUUUUUCAUCGCUGCAGCUGCCAAAACAUUUCGUUUUCUGGGGCAUUUUUCUGUGAGCAAGAUGGCGAACACCAGCCUUCACUUCAAAACAAAUUAUGCUGUUUCCAGCAAGAUUGAGCCGUUUUACAAAGGAGGGAAAGUGCAGAUCAGCAAAGACGAGAAACACAUCUUUUGCACUUGUGGCUCUCGUGUCAAUGUUUUGGAGAUCAGCACGGGGAAGAUCGUCCACAGUGUUGAGCAUGACGACCAAGAGGACAUCACAUCUUUUGCACUCAGCUGUGACGAUGAGCUGCUGGUAACAGCCAGCAGGGCUCUGCUGCUGAAACAGUGGGACUGGAGGCAAGCUCAGUGCACUCGCUCCUGGAGGGCCAUUCACACCGUGCCUGUAGCCAGCAUGACCUUCGACUCCACCUCUACCCUCCUAGCGACAGGUGGCUGUGAUGGCACCAUAAAGAUUUGGGAUGUGGUGAAGCAGUACUGCACUCAUAACCUGAAAGGGUCAUCCGGUGUUGUGCACCUGGUUCAGUUCCACCCGGACAUCAGCCGGCUGCAGCUCUUCUCCUCCUCUCUGGACUGUGGAAUUCGGCUGUGGGACCUGCGCUCCAGUCAGUGUGUGUGUGUGCUGCAGAGUCACUACAGCACCGUCACCUCCCUCUGCUUCAGUCCUGAUGGUGGCACCAUGGUCAGUUCUGGCAGAGAUAAGAUCUGUACAGUGUGGGACCUCAAGACUCAGAAAGCCAAGAGGACUGUACCUGUCUAUGAAGCUGUGGAGGGUGUCGUGCUGCUGCCUGAGAAUCAAGAUUUCUCUCAGAUUGGAGUGAAGAGCAAAGACUUGCAUUUCAUCACAGCUGGCAGCAAAGGUGUGUUGAGAGUGUGGGAGGCCAGCACGGCACGUUGCGUCUACACCCAGACCCUCGCCUCCACCCUCACCCCUGUUUCUGGUGAAGAGGUGGAAGAGAGGGAUGAUGACCCCCGCAGUCUGACUCACCUGCUUCACCUGCCCACCUCCUCCAGACUGGCUGCAGUCACUGCUGAACACAACAUAAUGCUCUACCAGCUGCCUGGCCUCACCACACAGCAGCAGUUUGUGGGUUACAGUGAUGAGGUGCUGGACGUGAAGUUCCUGGGUAAAGGUGACAGUCACAUCGUGGUGGCCACCAACAGCUGCCAGCUGAAGGUGUUCGAGCUGCUCACCAACAGCUGCCAGAUCCUCUACGGUCACACAGAUACUGUCCUCUCACUGGAUGUGUUCAAGAAAGGCUCUCUGUUUGCAAGCUGUGCUAAGGACAGGUCCGUGCGUGUGUGGCAGAUGGACAGCAACAGCGGUCAGGUGUCAUGUGUGGCCCAGGGCUGCAGCCACGCUAACGCUGUGGGCUCCAUCACCUGCUCCAGGAUGAAAGCAUCUUUCAUAGUCUCAGGCAGUCAGGACUGUACCGUGAAGGUGUGGGAUCUACCAGCAGACUUGUCUACAGCUGGGGCAGAAAUACAUCAGCUGACCGCCCGCGCCACAGAGAAGGCACACGAUAAGGAUGUAAACAGCGUUGCGGUGUCACCCAAUGACAAGCUGCUGGCCUCGGGCUCCCAGGACCGGACCGCCAAGCUGUGGUCGCUGGCGGGCGAGGGAAAUGUGGGCCUGCUGGGGGUGUUUCGGGGCCACCGUCGUGGCGUCUGGGCCGUCUGCUUCUCUCCCGUCGACCAGGUGCUGGCCACGUCCUCUGCAGAUGGCACCACCAAGCUCUGGAGCCUGCAAGACUUCAGCUGCCUCAAGACUUUUGAGGGACACGAUGCAUCAGUGUUGAAGGUCAUUUUUGUGAGCCGAGGCACUCAGCUGCUCACCAGUGGCUCAGACGGUUUAGUAAAGCUGUGGACCAUCAAGACCAACGAGUGCGUGAAGACGCUGGACGCGCACCAGGACAAGGUAUGGGGUCUCCACGCCAGCCGUAAAGAUGACAAGAUGGCGACUGGGUCGGCGGACUCUAACAUCACAGUGUGGGUGGAUGUGACUGAGGUGGAGCUGGCAGAGGAGCAGGCCAAACAGGAGGAUCAGAUACUCAAGCAGCAGGAGUUGUCCAACCUGCUCCAUGAGAAGAAGUAUCUUAAGGCCCUAGGUCUCGCCAUCUUGCUGGACCAGCCUCACACUGUGCUCACUGUGAUCAAAGCGAUCCGUCAGGGGGAGGACAGACGCGAGCUGCUGGAGAAGACGCUACUGAAACUUCGUGUGGAUCAGAAAGAGUCACUCCUACGCUACUGUGUGGUGUGGAACACCAACGCCAGAAACUGUCAGGAUGCCCAGGCAGUCCUACAGGUGCUCCUGACACACCUGCCGCCUGAGGAGCUGCUGCAGUACCAGGGCGCCCGAGCACACCUGGAGGGACUCAUCCCAUAUACAGAGAGACACAUGCAGAGGAUUGGAAAUUUGCUGCAGGCAUCCAUGUUUCUGAACUACAUGUGGCAGAAGAUGAGAGUGGCCGGGGCACCAUCCAGUAUGGGCCAAGAUGAAGAAAUGGACACCACUCCUCUUGCCAAACCGUUCUUCAUGAUUGACAAGGAGAAAGGAAAGGACAGCGGCGAGGAGAAGCGAGACACCGGGAAUGACAGCGAUAGUGGACAAGAUGAAGAUCCAAAGUGCCCUGCUGAAGAGGAGGAGGAGGACAACGACGAUGAGGUCAGCGUCACCAAGAAAGCCUCCACAACCAACGCGAGGCUAGAAAACGGAGAGAGCACCAAAACUAACGGCAACCGCCGCUCUGAAAAUGAGGAGAGCUCAGAGGAAGAAGACAUGGAGGAAGACGAUCAAACUAAGGCGAUGAGACGUCUCCCAGUUUCUUCAGCUCCUCAGUGCCAGACUCUCGCCAGCUGACCGGGAUCGCCAAGCUGAACACAGACGACUCACUCCUGAAGAUUAAAAAAAAUCCCACAAAGUCCUCUUAUCUGGGACCAUUAGCUGGAGCUGGGGCGACACACUGAAUGUGUGGCAGCGCUGGAAGAGACAGGUGUGGGAUGGUAAUAAUACAGAUUAAAGGCCUCUCCAUCCCGACUUCCCCAGACAGAAUGGACAGACAGGAAGAAAAGAUGAGGGAGGUAAAAGGAGCUGCAUAAACAGUGAGGGCUGAACUAUGGGUUAUCUUCCCUCUCAUGCAUACCAGCACCCACUGUCUGGCUUCUGCAGUGUUGUAUAAUCCUGAUUGACCUGCUCGACCACAAGACAAACAGCUCGUUACAUAUUACCCUGCAUUUUUUUAUGACAUGAUCACAGAUGUUUAUAAAAUAAAAAAUGUGUUCCUUGUGAUUUAAAAUGA